AUCGGUCUCGCUAAUGAGAAGGAGGGGAUGCUUGCCGUCACGUGACCAGAAACGGCCGGCGCUUCUCCCUCCCGUCUCGCUGCUCCGGCCCCGUUGGAGGACUGAUGGCGGCGGUGGGACUGCGCCUGCUGCGGGCGCUGGGGGGGCUGCGAGGGCCACACCGGCUCAUGGCGACCGAGGCGGGGGCCCAGGAGCGGCUGCGCCGCGGGUUCGAGACGCUGCAGGUGAGGUUGGAGCGGGAGCAUGUCCUGCAUGUGCAGCUCCACCGCCCCGACAAGAGGAACGCCAUGAACGGUGCCUUCUGGAGGGAGAUGGUGGAAUGCUUCCAUGCCAUCGGCCAGGACUCCUCCUGCCGCGCUGUGGUUAUCUCCGGGGCAGGGAAGGUUUUCACUGCUGGGAUUGACCUGGUGGAGAUGGGCAGUGAGCUCCUGAUGGUGGAGGGUGAUGACCCGGCCAGGAAGGCCUGGAACCUGCGGAGGAAAAUCUGCGCCUUCCAGGAGAGCUUCUCUGUGCUGGAAAAGUGCCCCAAGCCGGUGAUCGUGGCUGUGCACGGCGCCUGCGUCGGUGCAGGAGUCGACCUCAUCUGUGCCUGUGACAUCCGGUACUGCAGCCAGGAUGCCUGGUUCCAGGUGAAGGAGGUGGACAUUGGGUUGGCAGCCGACGUGGGCACCCUGCAGCGUCUCCCCAAGAUUGUGGGCAGCCAGAGCCUGGUCAACGAACUGGCCUUCACCGCCCGCAAGAUGAUGGCCCCCGAGGCGCAGAGCUGUGGGCUGGUGAGCCGCGUGUUCCCGGACAAGGGCUCUGUGGUGCAGGCGGCCAUAGCAGUGGCCGAGGCCAUCGCUGCCCGUAGCCCCGUGGCUGUGCAGGGCACCAAAGAGAACCUGCUCUACGCCCGGGACCACUCUGUGCCCGAGAGCCUGCGCUACAUGGCCACCUGGAACAUGGGAAUGCUGCAGAGCCAGGAUGUGGUCACUGCAGCUCAGGCAGCCAUGGAGAAGAAGGCCCCCGAGGGUGUCCCAUUCAGCAACCUUUAGGGACCCCGUGGGGGAACCCCAGUAAACCUGCUUGGACCCA